AUGCUGCUUUUUCUGUUUUUCUUUUGCUGCUGCUCUGCUGCUCUUGCUGCUGCAUCUUUCUCUUCUCCGCGUGGGGGGGGCCCCCCUUCUCCUGUUGAGGGUACAGCAGCAGCAGCAGCACUGGGGGCCCCCAUGGGGGGCCCCCUGGAUUGGCCCCCCUGGCAAGCAGCACAGGAUGAGGGCCCCCACGAUGGUUUUGCUGAUCCUUACGAGGGAGCAGCAGCAGCAGCAGCAGCAACAGCAGCAGCAGCAGCAGCAGCAAAGGGUCAAUCCAUAGAUUCUUCUCCUUCUCGAAGGAGCAGCAACAGACUAUGGGGGCCCCCAGCAGAAGAAGAAGGGGCCCCCCCAAGGGGGUCUAUGGGGGCCCCCCAAGUUGCUGCUUUUCCUGGGAGUCCUUUUGCUGCUGCUGCUGCUGCUGCAGCAGCAGCAACAGCAGCAGCAGCAGACGGAGGAAUACAGUGGAAACCAAGAGAAUCAUCAAGCAAAGCAGAAACAACAGGGAGCUUUGACUUAGAUUCUUUUGAUAUAGGGGGGGGUAAAGAGCUGUCGCUGCAGCAGCAGCAGCAGCAGCAGGAAGAGGAGCAGCGGCAGCUGCAUGCGCUGCAGCAGGAGCUGCUGAAGCAGCAUUUCUUACAGCAGCAGCAGCAGCAGCAGCAGAAACACGAGCAGCAGCGACGCUCACGCAGACCCCUCCCCCACCUCACUAUGUCUGAGCUCUUUAGCAGCAGCUUGCAGCAGCAGCAGCAGCAGCAGCAGAAACAAGAGCAGCAGCGACGCUCACGCAGACCCCUCCCCCACCUCACUAUGUCUGAGCUCUUUAGCAGCAGCUUCGGCCUGCAAGCAGCAGCAGCAGCAGCAGCAGCAGCAGAUAGAGAAGGAGAAGAGGGGCAGCAGCAGCAAGGAUGGGAGGGGGGAUACAGCAGCCUGCAGCAGCAGGAGCAGCAGCACGAAGGUGUGUUGUCUUCUGCUUUUUCCGGUGGUGGUGGUGGUGGUGCAGCAGCAGCAGCUGCUGCUGCUGCUGCUGCUGCUGCUGAUCGAGGCAGCAGCAGCAGCGCGCUGCUGCGACGAAAGGUAAUGUGGUUUCUGCUGCUGAGUGCUUCGGUGGGGUUGCUGCUGCAGCAGCUGUCGGAGAGAAACCAAAGAAAAACAACAGAGCUAGAGCUGCAGCAGCUACCUUCUCUCUCCCAGCGGCUGGUGAGGGCCCGGGAGGGGCCCCAAGACAAUGAUUUAUUAUGGGGGCUGCUGCCGCCUAGCUGCCGGCAGCAGCUGCAGCAGCAGCUGCAGCAGCAGCUAGCUGACGCAGAAGCAGAAGAGGUUAGGCUUUUGUUUGAGUUAGAUAGAUUGAAUAUGCAGCGAGAACUAAAAGAGCAGCAGCAGCAGCAGCAGCGGCAGCAGCAGCAGCAAAGGCUAGAAGCAGCAUCGCUUACACACCUAGGAGAAACAGGUAAACAACUAUCUGAGCUUCGUGCUGCUGCUGCAUGCGCUAGGCAUGCAGUAGCGGGGCUGGAAGCAGCAGCAGAUACAAAAGCAGCAGCAGCAGCAGACACGCUGCAGCAGCUGCAGCAGAGACAGAAGGCACUGCAGCAGCAACUACAAGCAGCAACAGAAAGACAGCAGCAGGUGCAGCAGCUAUUCGAGCAGCAGCAAAGCAUUGCUGCUGCAGCAGCACAGCUGCAGCAGGAGCUGAUAGAGGAGUUGCAGCAACCGGAGACAGACCCAGUGCAGCAGCAGCAGAACCAGCAGCUGCUGCAGUACAUUGAGCAGCAGCAGCAAGCAGCUGCUGCUGCUGCUGCUGCUGAUCGAGGCAGCAGCAGCAACGCGCUGCUGCGACGAAAGGUAAUGUGGUUUCUGCUGCUGAGUGCUUCGGUGGGGUUGCUGCUGCAGCAGCUGUCGGAGAGAAACCAAAGAAAAACAACAGAGCUAGAGCUGCAGCAGCUGCCUUCUCUCUCCCAGCGGCUGGUGCGGGCCCGGGAGGGGCCCCAAGACAAUGAUUUAUUAUGGGGGUUGCUGCCGCCUAGCUGCCGACAGCAGCUGCAGCAGCAGCUGCAGCAGCAGCUAGCUGACGCAGAAGCAGAAGAGGUUAGGCUUUUGUUUGAGUUAGAUAGAUUGAAUAUGCAGAGAGAACUAAAAGAGCAGCAGCAGCAGCAGCAGCGGCAGCAGCAGCAGCAAAGGCUAGAAGCAGCAUCGCUCACACACCUAGGAGAAACAGGUAAACAACUAUCUGAGCUUCGUGCUGCUGCUGCAUGCGCUAGGCAUGCAGUAGCGGGGCUGGAAGCAGCAGCAGAUACAAAAGCAGCAGCAGCAGCAGACACGCUGCAGCAGCUGCAGCAGAGACAGAAGGCACUGCAGCAGCAACUACAAGCAGCAACAGAAAGACAGCAGCAGGUGCAGCAGCUAUUCGAGCAGCAGCAAAGCAUUGCUGCUGCAGCAGCACAGCUGCAGCAGGAGCUGAUAGAGGAGCUGCAGCAGCCGGAGACAGACCCAGUGCAGCAGCAGCAGAACCAGCAGCUGCUGCAGUACAUUGAGCAGCAGCAGCAGCAGAUGCUGGAGCAGCAGCAGCAGCAGCUAGGAGAACAAGCACAAGCUAACCUAAAAAAAGAAAUAGAUAAACUCACCAACGAGCUAGCUGAGGCCCGCGUGCGGCUGCGAGACAUCAACAGCAAGUGGUGGUUCCAGCGCCAGCAGCAGCAGCAGCAGCAGCAGCAGCAGCAGCAGCAGGAGCGGGAUGGUGUAUUGGGGGAGCUGGGUGGCGGCGGGGAGGCUGCAGACCAGCAGCAGCAGCAGCAGCAGCAGCACAGGAGCGGGACGGUGUAUUGGGGGAGCUGGGUGGCGGCGGGGAGGCUGCAGACCAGCAGCAGCAGCAGCAGCAGCAGCAGCAGCAAUCACAGGUAUUAG